CCAGCAAAGAGAAGAUUCUUAUGACACUGCAAUGAUAAUUUAUAAAUGAAUAAUAGAUAUAAAUACUUUUUUUCAUUAAUAAAGAAUGAAUGACAAACAUUUAGCUAUAUCAUUAUGGAGUAAACAGCAAUAUGCUAUGAACCUUCUAUCUAAACGUAUUACAAUUUCAGUUUAAUAGUGUAAACAUUAAUGUGAAUACAACAAAUUGAGCAAAAAAUUAAUUUAUUUACAAUUCAGUUGUGAAUUUGUCAACUGGAUUUGAGAGAUCUAGAAUCUACAUAGAUCAACACUAACAGUCAACUAGGUUUAAUCUAAGUUCAUAUUUGGACACUUCAUCAAUUCAACAUUUAUUUUGUGAGGGACAAUUUCUUCUGUUGCUUCUAGUAUUCUAGGAUCUAAAUUUCAAAGAAAUGGCAAAGAAAACAUACGACUUACUGUUCAAGCUUUUGUUGAUUGGUGACUCUGGUGUGGGCAAAACAUGUUUGCUUUUUCGAUUUUCUGAUGAUGCAUUCAACACAACAUUUAUUUCAACAAUAGGAAUAGAUUUUAAAAUAAAGACAGUAGAGCUUGGAGGGAAGAAAAUAAAAUUGCAGAUUUGGGACACUGCUGGACAGGAACGUUUUCACACAAUCACUACUUCUUACUACAGAGGUUCAAUGGGCAUUAUGCUAGUGUAUGACAUCACCAACAUCAAGACAUUCGACAAUAUCUCCAAAUGGCUAAGAAAUAUUGAUGAACAUGCAAAUGAAGAUGUAGAGAAAAUGAUCUUAGGAAAUAAAUGUGACAUGGAUGAUAAAAGACAAGUACCAACAGCCAGAGGGGAAGCAAUUGCUAGAGAACACAAUAUUCCAUUCCUAGAAACUAGUGCUAAAGCCAACAUUAAUGUUGAAAAAGCAUUUAUGAAUUUAGCACAGGCCAUCCUGAAUAAGACUCCUGGGAGAGUUUCAGAGCCUAAUAUUAACAUUGGUACACAAGAUACUAGCGCCAGGAGAUGCUGUUGAUAGACUAACAGAUAUUUCAGCUGCACGAGUUUCUCUCACUCAUUUCUUCCAUUAGUUUGUUUUCAUUUUGUUUUCAUUUCUUUUUUUUUUUAAAACUUCUUCACUUGGCAUUUAGUGAUUAUGUUUCAAUAUAGACCCACUGAAUACAUCCUGGGGCAAAUAAAUUUCAUGAGAAAUUCGAGAACAAACUAAUCUCUUAUCAUUAUGCCACGCUUCUUUUUAGUCUUCAGUUUUAGUUUUCUAAGAUUUUUGUUUGUUUGUAUAUUUUGUUGAGAAAGUGAGUUUUGAUUCACACUAGCUUUGAGAAAGUCUUAACAUGCAGGAUUUUAUAUGUUACCAAUCGACAGUUGACAUGAUAGAAAACAUGUAAUUUUUUUUUCCUUAUUGAAAAGCUAGCAAAAAAAUAAAUUGUACAAGUUGCAGGCAUUGUUCUUCUCAGUAGUAUUUUAAUAAUAAAUGAAGUCAUUCAAUAGAAUUUUGAUUCCGACAAACAUUAUUGAAUUAUUUGUUUUGUAUGACAAGACAGUACAAGCAAUAGUCAAGUACUAAUAAACUUUUUUUAUCUUAAAAAAAUAACAACCUCAACUUAAACAUUGAUAUGGUAGUCUGUUUCAUGAGAAUGAUGACUAGUAAUGUUGUUUAUAAAAUUGCUUGUCUAAAAAAAGUUUUCAUUUUCCAGAACAAUUUCUUUUUGCAUUGGAAGUACCGGUACAACUUUAAUGACAUUUCAAACUUGAUUUGCUGAGUGUCACUUGAAUUGCAUCCAUCUAUUCAAUGUUAUGCUAUGAUGCUUGCUAUGAUCAUGUUCUUGUCCACGUCUUAUUCAAGUGAUUACUAAACUUUGUAUCUAUUUUAUUUUUCUACCAACUCUCUUAGGGGCCAGGGCCAGAUGGCUCUUAUGAUAGAUUUUAGGGGGGGGGGGCACGCUUCAAAGUUGGUUUUUUUUACUAGUAAAGAAACAACACAAUAUGACGUUGUGCCUCAUAAAUGCACAGGCUGAUAUGUUGUAUUAUAGAAAGCAGCUUAACCCUUAAAAGUCCUUCAAUUUAUUUAAUGAGUACACAUAACCUUGUACACAGUUGCCAAACACUGUUUAAUUCCCUUUUAAUAACUAAAGAGAUUAAAGCAGACCUUGUCUGUUGCAGUUGAUCAUCGUGCUGGCUGUUCAACGUAGCUCACAAAAGCCUCUUCAAGUUUGUGGUGUGGCACACUUGUGUUUGUAAUAUAGCCUCUGCUAAGAAUGAAAGAAUGUCUCUGCUUUUGGUGUUGGGUAAAAUGUGUGAAAGAAUGUCCGAGUACCAAACACAUUGAAUGUAUAUUUUACAGACUGAGAAACUGAAUCACAUUUUAUAAGAUUUUUUUUUGUUUUUUGUUGCUCCAUGAGCCUGCAAUCUUGAUUCUAUAUUUAUAAAUAUGUAAGUGAAUAAUUCUGUCUAUAUAUGCUGCCUACAACGUAGUAACUAACACUUGACUCUGGCCUACAUUUAUGUAUGUGUUUUAGUUUGAAAAACUAGAUUCUAGACUAUAUCAGGAUUUAUUUUUUUUCCAAAUUUUGAAAAAUAAAUUUUUCAACUGUUUAAAAUGCUACUGCUUAUAGUUUUUUAUAUUUUCCCCCUCAUUAUGAUUUUUUGUUUGCAAUAACAUCCACUAUUUUAGCUUAUUCCCUUUAAUCUAUUGGUGUUCAUCUUUGACUUGUGAGUGGAGGUUUAUCCUGGACAAGAUGAAUGUUUAGCAUACUUAGGAUAUUGGCAAUUUUUAAUGCAUGCCAAAGACUAGCUGAAAAAAUGUUAAUUAAUUAAAAAACACUGUUUUGUGUUGUUGUUACUUGACAAAAAAAAACCUUAUAUGUAACCUUCACCAUCUAUAAUAGAACAUUUUAAUAAACAAAUGUUUAAAUUUCUUUUUAUAUAGGCAAUAGUUAAUCAAAUUGUUUAAUUAAUUAAGAAGCACAGAAUAACUGCUUGUGUUUGUUAUAUAAGCUACAUUAAAUAAGACGGAAACAUACAAAGUCUUUGUGACAAUCUAAUUUACAAUAGGACACAACUUUGAUGUUAAUUGGAUUGUAUUCAAAAGAUAUACAGAAUGCUGUAAUAAAAUGCUUUGUAGUAUCAACAAACAAGAAUAUAUCCUUUGAGAAUAACAGGGAAUUUGGUAUUGAACAUGACAAGAAAGCUCCUUGGUGGAAAGUAUACACAAAAUUAGUCUAUUAGUUCAAGUGGAGAUCCAGUGCCAUUACAGUAUGUGUUUAUUCCAUUUUCAGACUGUUUUCUGUCAUUUGGAUUUGGACCAAGUUUUUUUUUUAUGAAAUUUAGUAGAUUUUUUCUUGUCUACUUAGACUAGGUUCUUAAGUUACAAGCUACAAAAAGUGCUAACCAUCACAACUGUUGUUUUUUUUUUUUGUACAAGUCAGUAAUAUCAGAUGUGAAAAUUUUGUGUUUUUUUAAGAAAGAAUACCUAUAUUGAACUCAAACUUGAGAAGAUACUCAAGAGGUCUUGUCACAAAGGAUAAUUAAAAACCUAUUCAUGCAAAAAGAAUAAUAAUUGAAGUGCUGAGUAUUCUUCAAGAUAUUUUGUUUCAACAAAAAUUAAUCUUUUGCUUGAAGAAAAUUGCAAAGAAAUAAAAAUUAUUUGCUUUACAGGCAUUUUCUUUACUACCAGCACUUUCUGAAGAAAAACCUUAUGAAAAGCAUGCCAUAUAAAAUAGCAUGUGUACAUUAAGCCAGAUCUUUCAUUCAUCACCAUCAUUUUUUGUUUUCACUGCCUUCUUUUAUCACAGAAUUCUUUUAUAAAUAUUACAGUUUGAUAUACAUCUAGCGCAUUACUCUUAUUGCAUUCUGGUAAACUUUUAUAUGGGGAUCAUAGGUUUUGUUUGUGUAGUAGGCCAGUGGUAGGCUUUUGUCAUCUUUAUAAAAAAAAGCUUAUCUUUAAUGUCAAGAAAUACUUUUUUUUUCAGUACCCAGUUCAACAAAUCAUGACAGUAAUGUUCACCCCCCCCCCUUUUUUUUUUUCUCUCCUAAAAUAGUGUUUAUAUUAUGGUUUCAAUAUCUUUGUGUGUAUAAAAUGCUAUCCUUAUAAUAGAGAAAUAGAGUUACAUAUUUUGUUACGUUCAUUUUAUUAGUAAAUUAGUACUUAGUGUGUAAUGAUCAUUUGAAUAUCUUCACACUACAAACAUUUUCUAACAAAGCAAAUUAAGCUCUUAUAUUAUUUUGAAGUAUAUUUUUUUUUAAAUAGGUUUAUUUGUUCAAAAGAAGUAAACCUGUCUAAUUAGACAUUUAAAAAUAAUUAUUGGCAUGUAUUUAUUGUUAUUUUGUCACAUUUAUUUUAAUUUUCAAUACAAUGAAAAGAUUGUUCUAGCACCAGAGUUAGUAUAAUGUUUACAUGGAGACAAUGUAACUCAUUUCUUUUUAUUGUUCUAAAUGAAACAUUCAUGAGUCAAUAAUUACCUGAAGUUUGUACUUUUUUUUUUUUUUACACAACAAAGAAACAAGAAACAGUUUUCAUGGCAUUAAAUUUGUUCUGAAUUCAGAACAUGUGCCUUUGUAUAUUAUUUUAAGUCUGCCAUAUGGUUUUGUUUUAGUUGUGAGGCUGCUUACUCAACUUUAAAUGGAUUUUUUUCUCUUUCAUUUUUUUAAGCUAAAUUUUAAUUUGUUAAAAAAUAAAAGAUAGCAUAGUUUAAAAAAAACCUUUUUGUAUCAUCCAGUGCAAUUAAUUGAGAAAUUGUAUAAACCAAUUGACGACACUUGUGUAGAUGUUACAAAACGUCUGUACUUCAUUGACAGCAGAUAUAGAAAUAUGGCUUGGACGCUUAGAAAUUCCAAACAAUAAAAAAAAUUUGUGAAGAAAAUAGCAAACUUGCAUCAAGGCAAUUUGAAAACGUUUCUGUAAUUUUGAUGAAGCCCAUUAAUAAUGCUCACAAAAAAAAAAAAGACAUUUUCUAUGACAGUAACAUAUACACAAGCCAAGGCUCACUGCUUUUCUUAAAAAAGUUAAUAAUGAUGGUGCAGUAAGUUUAAAAUAGUUUUGUUUACAAAGAAACAAAAUGCGUGUAUAAAAUCUAGAUAUAAAUGUUUUGGAGUAAAUUUAUGUAAUAAAUUUCUGUCAUCUCA